UCAUUCACGGUUGCUCCUACAAAUCAAGAUCAUUUUGUUUACAGUAAUGUUAGUGCAGCUUCACUAAUGGACCUCUAUAUAUAGGUUACCAGAGCGAUUAGCGAGUAGUACCACUCCCAUUCCCACGGGAAUUUUUAUGUGGGACGUAGCAGCAUCACACGACCCACUCAGCAGACAACACAGACAGCAGAGAGGCGCGCACUGCUGUCACCGGAGCGCCAGCGACCCAUGCCAUGAGGCCCGGAGCCGAGUACCCCAUGGCCCAUGGCCCCGCCGCGGCGCCCCGCUCGACAUGGCAGACGCCGGUGCCAUACCUCUUCGGCGGGCUCGCGGCCAUGCUGGGCCUCAUCGCGCUCUCGCUCCUCACCCUCGCCUGCUCCUACUGGAAACUCUCCGGCGGCCUCGCCGGCCCGGACGAGGACCAACCCGCGGGCUCCGACGGCGAGAAGGGCUCGCCAUCGCCCCCCGGGCCCGCAAGGGAGUGGCUGCGGCACGUGGUGGUCAUCAUGGCCGGCGACGAGCAGCCGAGUUUCCUGGCAACGCCGGCGUCGAUGACGAGCCGUGCCGCCGACGCCGGCGCCGAGACCGCAGACGGCGCCACGGCGUGCUGCGCGGCGUGUAGGUCGGAGGAGAGGAAGAUGGCGGAUGCGCGCGAGGCCGGCUCUGAGGACGGCGCGCAGAGCCCAAGUGAGCUGGCUAGCAGUAGCACUAGCUCUGUACUUAGCUAGCUAGCGAGUAGUAGCACGAUUUACCUGGAAGGUCUUUUUUUUCUUCUGCUGUAACUGUAAAUUUUCUGAUUAUUCAAGAUACCUCGGUUAGGCAUUUUGAUC